CGCCCGUCAUCGUAGCUGUGGAGUGACUUGCUUUGCCUGGUGCUGCAGAAUGAAAAAGCGCACGAUAACGACGAACGCAGCUUGGCAGAGCUCCCGAGAGACGCCACUUUGCAUUGUGCUCUUUACUGUCGCUCGCGACGCUCACGGUCGUGCAGGCGUGGCGGACUCGACGGGCGACCACGAAGCCAGCAGAAGAAGAACACCAAGCUCUGAGUGCAAGUUGAGCACAUAUAGCAGCCCACUACUAGGCAACAUCGCUUGCAGCCUGCAGCCCAACCUCCGUCUUUGCCAUGGAGAACGGACUUUCGCCCGCCACGGCAGCAGCCGCCCAUGCCGACGACAAGAACCGUACACGAUCGAAGAACAGAAUCGCCUCACACAUUGAUUUCAAGUCUGCCACCACGGGCGUUGCUGCAAAGGCCAUGCGCAAUGAGCUCAACGCGCUUGUGCAGAAGAUCGAUGACCCACAGGUCAAAAGAGCCUUCGAGUCAGAGAUGCAUUCCUUCUUCCUGCUCUUCAACCGCUACCUGUCCGAAAAGGCAAAAGGUCAGAAGCUCCAAUGGGAUCGCGUCAAGCCGCCCGCGCCAGAGCAAGUCGUAGCCUACAAAUCACUCAAGGAUGCCAAAGAUAGUUCCAUCCUCAACAAGCUGGCCGUACUCAAGCUCAACGGUGGUCUGGGAACCACAAUGGGCUGCGUCGGUCCAAAGUCUGUUAUCGAGGUCAGAGACGGAAUGACUUUCCUCGACCUUAGCGUGCGCCAAAUCGAGCAUCUCAAUUCUGCUUACGAUGUCAAUGUGCCCCUCAUCCUCAUGAACUCUUUCAACACGGACGACGACACCAAUCGCGUCAUUCAGAAGUACGCCAAUCACAACAUUGAAAUCAUGACCUUCAAUCAAUCACGCUACCCCCGCGUCAACAAGGAGACGCUCCUGCCCGUACCACGCAGUGCAACCGACAAGGCAGGAUGGUACCCACCCGGUCACGGAGAUCUCUUCGAUGCCCUGAGCAACUCUGGCUUGCUGGACAAGCUGCUCGAGCAGGGCAAAGAGUACAUCUUUGUCUCCAACUCGGACAAUCUCGGCGCCGUUACCGACCUAAACAUCCUGCAGCACAUGAUGGAAUCCCAAUCAGAGUUCAUCAUGGAGGUCACAGACAAGACAAAGGCAGACGUCAAGGGUGGUACGCUGAUCGAUUAUGAAGGCAGCAUUCGGCUUUUGGAAGUGGCGCAAGUCCCAUCGGAUCACAUUGAGGAUUUCAAGUCGGUUCGCAAGUUCCAGAUCUUCAACACCAACUCGCUCUGGAUGGACCUGCGAGCGAUCAAGCGUGUCAUGGAAACCGAAGGCACCGAUCUCGAGAUCAUCGUCAACAACAAAGUAGCCGACAACGGCGAGGCUGUCAUCCAGCUGGAGACGGCCGUCGGUGCUGCCAUCAAGCACUUCAAGAAUGCACACGGCAUCAACGUGCCUCGAUCGCGCUUCCUGCCAGUCAAGUCUUGUUCGGACUUGCUCCUCAUCACUUCGGACCUGUACCAGCUCGAGCAUGGUCAGCUCGUCAUGAAUCCUGCAAGGAUGUUCCUCACCACGCCUAUCGUGAAACUCGGCGAUCACUUCAAGAAGGUGAGCCAAUACCAGAAGCGCUUCAAGAGCAUACCGUCCAUGCUCGAGCUCGAUCAUCUGACGGUCUCCGGCGACGUUACCUUUGGCCGCAAUGUCGUCUUGCGAGGCGUCGUCAUCCUCGUCACAGACGCCAAGAUUGAUCUGCCGGAUGGAACGAUCUUGGAGAACAAGCUAGUCAGCGGCAGUCUCACGAUUCUGGAACACUAGUGUA